GUGCGAGAAUAUAAACAUGUAAAUAAACACCACGGGAAAGGAAACAACACGAAGCAAAGAUCCAGACUCCUUGCCUUCACCCGGGACCUGAGUUAGAAGCAGCCCCACCGCCAGCGGCUCAGCCAGGAACCCGGGAGCCACGUGGGCCCCAUGUCCCCCCACCGCCUUCACCUCCCAGGAUCGCCAAGUACCAAGAAAUGACGGGGAAAAGCAGCCACGCGGCCACCCGCUUCUGCCUCCUGUGCGACCAGCAGGAACGGCUGCAGAGGGGCACCCGCUCCAGCCUGGCCCAGCUCUGCCGUGUCAUCCAGAAAGUGAAACAAGACAUAAAGGAGCUGCGUUCCUCUUUCCUGGACCUCCUGAGAGACUGCCAGGGCCAGCAGCAGGACUGUGGCUCAGAGAUCAUGACGGCCGUCCAGGGCACACAGCGGCACCACGAGGCUGUGCUGGCAUGGCAGUCCAAGGCGGGGUGCCUGGAGCAGUCCUUACGGGAGAUAACCGAGCGAUAUCAACUGGAGAAGCAGAAGCGGAAACAGCUCCACAACCGUCUGGUGGAGCUGAAAGGGAAUAUCAGAGUUCACUGCCGGAUUCGUCCUGCGCUGCCUUUCGAUAAGGAAUCUGAAGAUCCCCUUUCACAGAACAGCUCCGUGUCGGCAGAAGUGGCCCACGCAGUCGAUGACGAAACUGUCCUGGUGAGAUGGGAUCGGCCCGGUCACCCUUGGAUUAACAAGACGUAUAAUUUUGAAAGAGUUUAUGGUCCAGCAGAAUCUCAAAGGGUGGUAUUUGAAGAGGUGUGUCCGCUACUCACGUCUCUCUUGGAUGGGUACAAUGUUUGCAUCAUGGCUUACGGACAGACAGGAAGUGGGAAGAGCUACACCAUGAUGGGCCCGCAUUCCAGAAAGGAGCCUGUCCUGCCGGUGGAAUCUCAGGGUGACUUGGGAAUCAUUCCCAGAGCUGCCGAAGAGCUCUUCAGGCUCAUUUCAGAAAAUCCAUCAAGGAGCCCGAAGGUUGUAGUGUCCGUAGUGGAAGUUUAUAAUAACGACAUUUUCGACCUUCUGGCCAAAGACAGUUGUGCGGUGACAUCUGGGGUCAAGCGUGAGGUGCUGACAACGAAGGCGGGAAAGAAGGAGAUCCCUUCGCUGACCUACGAGUCCGUCCACAGCACAGAGGAGUUCCUGAUGCUCGUGGAUGGCCGCCUGCGGCUCAGGGCGAAGCAUGCCACCCUUGUGCACGCCGACUCGUCCAGGUCUCACCUGAUAAUAACGGUGACUCUGACCACCGCCCCCUCCUGGGACAGCCCCGCCGACCGGCAGUCAGAUGUGUCACUGCUCAAGGAGCCUGACUGCCCCUCGCCCCGGCAGCCGGCCACGGGGAGAAGGCACAGCGCUGCCCACCAAGCCUCAUCCUGGUCCCCGGGGGCCGUGCCUGAGGGCCCCGCUGGACACAUGGAGCAGGUGCUCGCCAAGCUGCAGCUGGUGGACCUGGCGGGCAGCGAGUGUGCCGGCGUGUCUGGAGUGACAGGAGCAGCCCUGAGGGAGACAUCGUUUAUCAACCGGAGCCUGGCGGCCCUGGCUGACGUCCUGGGGGCCCUGUCGGAGCACAGAGGCCACGUCCCGUACCGGAACAGCAAGCUCACCCACUUACUCCAGGAUGUUCUCGGAGGCGACGCGAAGUUACUGGUGAUCCUGUGCGUGUCCCCAUGCCGGAAGCACGCGGCAGAGACCCUGCAGAGCCUGGGGUUCGGGACCCGGGCGCGGCAGGUCCAGCGAGGCCCGGCUCGGGCAGGCCGCGUGGCCCCCAGAAGGCCCAGGUGACAGAGGGGAGGACGGCUGGGCGUGUCCCUGGGCUUCCCUCUUGCCUGAAAC